ACAGUGACGUGUGCAGUGCUAACCCAAUACCCCUAGAGACUCCUUAUCCAGCCUAGGGGGGACAAAGGCCAUGUUUUAUUAUCCCUUGGCUCUUGGGGCUUGUCCUGCGUGUAGCUUUGUAAACAAGCUGCCCUACAGAUCCCAGGAUCGGGCCAUCCGAGCCCUGGACUGAGCUUGCUGGGCCAUCUCUCCCAGGAGCUUCAUAGGCCUCUGACCAGCCCUUCUCAUCCAGAUGUUUGGAAGGAGAUAUCCUUUUCCAGAUGUAGCUGGACAAAGCCAGGGACAUAGCAGUGGGAUUUGAUCACGGUUGAUGUGGACUCUCCUGCAACCUUCUCUCUUUGAGCAUUGAUGAAAAUGAUCUAACCUCUCAUGCCAAGAGGGUAGUCACAUGGGCUGGGACCCUCCUGCCAGAUGGCCAGGCCGCUGUCCACCCCCAGCCCUUCGCAGAUGCAAGCCAGGAAGAAACGCAGAGGGAUCAUAGAGAAGCGGCGCCGAGACCGCAUCAACAGCAGCCUUUCUGAGUUGCGACGCUUGGUCCCCACCGCCUUUGAGAAACAGGGCUCCUCCAAGCUGGAGAAGGCCGAGGUCCUGCAGAUGACAGUGGAUCACUUGAAAAUGCUCCACGCCACUGGUGGGACAGGAUUCUUUGAUGCCCGAGCCUUGGCAGUGGACUUCCGGAGCAUCGGUUUUCGGGAGUGCCUCACCGAGGUCAUCAGGUACCUGGGGGUCCUGGAAGGGCCGAGCAGCCGUGCAGACCCUGUCCGGAUUCGUCUUCUCUCGCACCUCAACAGCUAUGCAGCCGAGAUGGAGCCUUCUCCCACGCCCGCUGGCCCCCUGGCCUUCCCUGCCUGGCCCUGGUCCUUCUUCCAUAGCUGUCCAGGGCUGUCAGCCCCAAGCAACCAGCUCACCAUCCUGGGAAGAGUGCCUGGUCCCAUCCUCCCCAGCGCCUCCUCUCUCGCUUACCCCAUCCCGGCCCUCCGAACCACUCCUGUGCGUAGAGCUGCUGGUACCGUCCUGCCAGUCCGCAGGAAUUUGCUGCCCAGUCGAGGGGCAUCUUCCACGCGGAGGGCCCGCCCCCUGGAGAGGCCAGCCGCCCCCCUGCCCGUGGCCCCCAGCAUCAGGGCUGCCAGGAGCAGCCACAUGGCACCCCUCCUACGAUCUUCUUCCCCCAUGCCCCCCAGCAUCGUGGGGUCCCCUGCUUAUGUGGCUGUUCCUGCCCCCAGGCCCUCUUCCCCAGGGGCAGCUGGGAGGCCAGCAGGAGCCGUGCUCUGCCACUCCUGGGUCUCCGAAAUCACUGAAAUCGGGGCUUUCUGAGCUGGCUUUUCCCCAAUAGCGAGGAGGGUUCUUUUUCCAGGAGCUCUAAAAACAGUGCUGUCUUCUGCCCUGCUUCCUGGCCUGGCUCAUCUGUCUGCAAAGGCAUCUUCCUCACCCAUCAGAGGCCCCUUCCUCCUUUGGCCCAUCUCCCCUCCUCACUGCCCAUCCCAGCUUACAGACCCAGCUCUCCUGGAGCUGUUCUGAUCUCAGAGGCCUGGUCUCAUUUCUUACCUGGGACAAAUAAGCCCUGGGAGGGCCCCUACAAGCUUUGCCCAGACCCUUUCCUGGGGGCAGCAGGCAUGAAUCCAACGUCUGGGAACUAAGCUUGACCCUAAAAGGCACAAUGGCCUCAGGCCGGCUGCUUGCCUAGAGAGUUCAGAACCCAGCCUGAGCAGUGAUUGACUGUGCAGCCUUCCCAGGCUCCCAGGGCCAGAACUUAGUGUCUGCCUCACUUCCGGAGACAGUAACAGAGCAGGGGCCACAAAGCAGUCUCUGGGGAACCCCCGUCUGCCCCUGCCCACCCCAUUGCAGUGAACCACAGGACAGGCCCCCCUGCCACCACAGCCAAGGCCUGGCAGUUAGGGGCCCAGUAGGGCCUGCUCGGGUGGUCUUCCCUGCUGCAGACACCUAAAUUCCGGCUGACCCCCAGUUCCCUGCAUGGAGAUGGGAGGUUUCUGGGCAGCAAUAAGGCUCCAAAACAGGGGGUCCUUACCACCAGGCCUGGGACAGCGCUCCCAGACAAGAGCCGGGAUUGAGCAGAGAACCCAGCUCCCUGCUUCUCGCACCAUCACCAUCCUCCAGAUGCCUGGUCCCUGUUGGGUGCACAGCGUGGAGGGUCACGUUCCCAUGUGAUGGCGCCCCCGGAGGGGCCCUCUUGGGAUUCAGCACCAGACGUUUGUGCUGCCUGGUUUGCAUCCGGCUCGCAGAGCUCAGACUGUGGGACAGCCAAGGGCUGUCAGCUGGACAAAAAUAACUGCAAGGAGGGGCGAGAGGAAGGAUAGUCAGAGGCGGCUGGGCCCUUCACGGUCACACGGCGGGUCAAGGGCCUGAGAUCCUGUUCACCCAGGAUGUCACGCAGCUGGCUCUGCUCAGAGGCCAUUUCAGGACCCAGCUCCAGCCCUGGCCGCUCAUCCUCUAACGGAGGGAUCAAAUGGCCUGUGGCCACCAUUCCCAGCAGAACAGCAGAGGCCAGACAGGACUGGGGCAGCCCCGGGACUGAUGUUCAGCUGGACCCGUGUUGCCAGACCCGCUGUUAAAACGUAGAGCCACUUCUCUGCUUGUUGGCAGAUAUCUGCUUCCCUUAAGGGCCUCUAAAUGCCCCGCUGCCCCAUGUGGCUUUCCCCCAGGCCCCCACACUGGUUGGUAAAUACUUCUUUCGAAUGUCACCCCGGGAAGAUUCUUUCACGCCCACCCUUUGAUGGAACUACUGCCCCCAGAGACUAAAUUGAGGAGAUCCUUGGGCUCAGACAUAGAGUUUGCUAAAACCCUGGGGGAAAGGGCCCUUUUGGAGAAAUGGGGCAGAGGGCAGAGAUCAUUUAAACGACCCAGAAAUCUCUUUUGAAAAGGCAAAUUCCUCCAGGAGGCAUGAAGAGCUAAUGUAUUCUUUCAGUCCUCAGUGUUUGUUCGAUCAGAUUUCUGUCCUCCUGGAUGCAUCUGAGAUGUGCAGCUGUGGGGAGCGAGGGCAGCAUUCCAGGGAGUGGGUCACCGGCCAGGGGUGCUCCUGACGGAGACAGACAGGGAGGGCAGGGCAAGUCAGCAGGCUCCCAGGAGUUGGGAGAGGUGGGCACAGGGAGGUGACAAAGGGAAGAGCCCAACUUCAUCUUCGUCACAGAGGGCAGAAAGAACUGCUUCUGCUCCUAAUCUUCCUCCCGCCCCUCCUCCUCCUCUCCCGGGCUAUCCCAGCUGGCGGCUCCCUGCUCCCAGGGUACCAGGUCAGUGCUGCAGUCCCACAGUUCGGCAACUCCAUAGCCUGAGAAUAUGGGAAACCCAUUUCCACAUUUCCAGGACCCAAUUCCAGGAGAAUGUUGACACCAUCGAAUGAGGUGGAAAUGGCCCAGAACUUUCAGCAUCUGAGAGAUGGUGAAUGAGAAAGGUGACUAUGUAUUUGUUUUCGUGGUUGAGGAUUUGUAUCUUUUGUUUCUAUUCCCAAGCCUUUCUGGUGUCCCCGACUCCUACCCCCUUGCUGGGGCUGUAGCAGGCAUCCAAUAAAGUUGUUUUAGUUCUUCUAAAAACCUCUGAAAGAUUCUACUUCUUGAGAUCUCUGGAGUCCAUCCACUUCUCUCCAAGCCCCCAGCUAUCACCCUGGUCUGGCCAUUUCACCUGCCCCCAGAUCACUGCCGUCCACAAGGUCAUCUUGCUUCCGUCUUGCUUUGUCACUCAGUUCUCAAGGCAACCAGAGAGAGCUUUAAACAUGCAAAUCAUAUCAUACCAACUCUGGUGUAAAACCCUUACACUAUUACCCUAUUAUUCCCAAGAUAAAAUGCAAGCUCUUCCUCUUGUCCCAACCUCACUUCCAGCCAAUUCCAACCUUGCUCACUGUGCUUCUGCCACUCUGGCUUUCCUUCAUUUCCUCAACAUUCCAGCCUGUUCCCACCUCCAGGACUUGGCAUAUGCUCUUCCCGUGCCCAGAAUGCGCUUCCCCUACCUUCUGCAUGACUGAGCUCUUUAUACCCUUGGCUUAAACUCACCUCCUUAGAGAAGGCUUCCUUGACUUCUGUGCUUGAAUAGUUAGUUCAUCAAUCUCCAAGCCCUGUAUUCUUUCCCUCCUUAAGGCACUUGCCAUUGCACAUCCAUGUGUGUUUACUUCUUGGUUGAUCAUCUCCCCCACCAGCACGUAAGCUCUGUGGGCCCAGAGACUAUGUGUGGCUUGCUCUCCACCCUGGACCCAGUGCCAAGCACCGUACCUGGCUCUAAGUUGGUGUUCAAUAAAUAUUCGUCAAAUAAAUGAACUGGGGAGGUGAGGAAUCUUCCAGACUCUGCUGGAUAAUACAGGCCCUUGAGCGGUGAACCUCCCUCCCCGCCCCCAACUGGCUGACUUUGCAGGGAGGCUGGAGAGCAAAGUGAGAGGCAGGGCCAAGGGACUGGAAGUUCUGGCAAAUGGUGGGAAGGCUCUGGCCAGAGAAAAGUGCGAGUGUGCUCGCGCUGGAGCGCACACUGACAGCUGAGACCAGGGAGGCGUCCCUCCAGCAGGUAUUGUUCUCCACUCUUGCCCUGAUGGAUCUGGCUUGCGAUCAAUCCUACACACAUUUGCAGAGGUCUGCUCCGCACCAGGCCAGGCGUGGUGGAGCCAGGGGUGAUGAGAAGGCUGAGGGGACCCAGGGGGGAUGUCUGCCUCUGCCUGGGGUGGCCAUGGGGGAGGGGGGACAGCUGGGAGGAAGACUUCCUGAAGGAGAACCAGAAGAGCCAUUCUACCAGAACAGGGAACCCUGGUGCAAAGACCUGGAGACGUUGCGGGGUGCCCUGCGAGUUGGUUCUAAGUUGAGCACGGGCCUUCAGGAACAAAGGGAAGGCAGGCUAGCCUGGGCACUGAAGCCAGGCUUCCUGGGUUCAGCCUCCACCUCUGUCACUUAUCAGGGUUGUGGUCUUGGGCAAGUUACUUAACAACCCUAACCCUCAACUUCCUCAUUGAUAAAAUAGGGAUAAUGCAGUAAUGGCUAUUAACUGAGUGGUAACUAUGUACUGGGCACUGUUGGUAAUGCUUUUCAUGGAAUGUUCCCAUUUUACAGAUGAGAAAACUAAGCCAAGACACCAUCUCCUAAAGUUAGGGGAGAUCGAAUGGGGUAGCACACAGAAAGCCUUCACCCCAGAGCUUGAGUCAUAUGAGACCGUCAAUCUUAGCCCAUUAGUGUCAUUAAUGGAAAGAGACCGGAUCCAAACUGGGGGAAACCUUGGGUGCCAUGCAGAGUUUGGGCUUUAGCUGAUAGGCAAUGGAAGCCAUGGAAGGUUUUGCCAGGUGAAUGCCAAGGUAAAUGCCAAGAUCGGACCUGUUUAAGAAAGUCUUGCUUGGGGUAGUGACUGGGAGAAGGAGUUUUCAGACUCAAGUCUACCUAUUCAUUGGAAACACUUAGAUGCUUUUUAAAAACAUCAUUGCCCAGGCCCCAGAGAUGAUGAUUUAACCUGUGUGCAACAGAGCCCAGACAUCCCAAAAGGAGGUGUGAAGAAGAGUUGGGAUUUCUUUCCUAGUCAACAUAAAUUUCCAUUCAGUAGGUGAAUUGGACUCCAGUUUGUGAGCCUAAAAAGAACUCAUACUUUCUGAGAAGCAAAGCAGAAAUUAGUUUCCACAAGGGCAUCUCUGUCCUCCAAGCCCCUCCUAGCCCCUGGCCCAUGGUAGAUGCCUAAGAAACAUUUUGUGUUGAAAGCUUUGGGGAUUUGUAAUUCAAUCAAGAGUCAUUGAGUAUUUUU